AGCUGGUCAAUAUGGCGGCAGGCAUCGGAGGAAGACGAAAAAGCAAAGACAAAUCGAUCAUGUAGCAUGACGUGCACUUUCAAUAAUUAGAUAAAAGAUAGAUAACACUAUCACGGCAUAUGAUGGAGUUUUACACCAAAAGCUCUAGCAGUUCUGCGGUUUCUGAGACGAAAGAUCCGUUGGAAGUAAACAUCAAAAGUGGGAAGAAAAUUCGGGCUUGCAUUUCACAAACCUUGAAAUCAUUACAGUCUACCAAAGAUAAGGUUGUCAUCACUGGAAGUGGCCCGACAGUUACCAAAGCRAUUACUACAGCAGAAAUUGUCAAGAGGAAAAUCAAGGGUCUUCAUCAGCAAAAUAAUCUAUUUUAUACAAAGAAUGAGGACAUUUGGGAGCCAAAAGAGGAAGGUCUAGAUCAGCUAAAAGUCACAAGGAAUGUUCCCGCCAUCAGCAUUACUUUAUCAUUUCAACCACUUGAUGAACAGGCACCAGGGUACCAAGCCCCAGGAGUACAUCAACCUUUAGURCAAUUUAGAGAUGAAGAUAUAGAGUUAGCUGAUGAAAGAAUUGRAGGAAAACAUGAAAUGCGACAGGCACAGCAUAAACAAACAAAUAAAAGAAAAGCUGGAAURAAAAGAGACAGAAYACAAGGUCAACAGAARACACUUGAAGAUAGAGAUAACCAUGAAGUGGACAAUGCAACACAAAUCAAACAGAAUGCUACUAAGAAACCAUUUAAGAAAAGACAUAAAGGAUCAAAGCCAUCAUUAGAGAAAAAAACAAACCAAUAAGAAUGUCUAAUUGUUAACCAUUUCCUACUAGUUAUUACAUGUAUAUAUGCCGUUAUUUCAUGAGUUGCAUUUAACUCUUAUAAUCAAUGUCAUCAAUUCUGUGCCAGAAGGCUCAUAUGACCUUCAUAMUAAUUCUCUAACCCUCUCUGUCCCUUGCCUGCAUCUUUGCUUUGUUCCAUGUUGACUGUCCAACCUGUUUCCUAUUGUCAYCCUCAAAGUAGUCUUUGGACUUCCUACAUACCUCUGAUGUCCAUCCCAGAGCAGUUUUGCAGUAAUUCUCUUCCUCCCUUCUUAAGACGAGUAUGCUACUCUAUUGUGGGAUAGUGGCUCUGUGACCCAUAGAGCUAUGUCAGCUUCUGACAGGGCGACACAUAAAUUCCCCGUACCACACCAAUAUCCCAAACAAAUAGCUUGAGAUUUAACAAAGGGUAAAAAAAUAGCCAUUUAUAAGGAGCCUGAUAGACAACUACCWGAUGUAUCAAAUCAACUCUACAAUCAAUGUCAUAAUUUUAAUUACCGCRUUUUAUUAUACAUUAUUCUGUAUUGUUGUAUUCUAUAUGAAAAUAAAGAUAUGGAUAUCUAGAUAUAAAAGUAGAAAAACAAACYGAUUCCA